AUGGAAGGAGCCAACCCCAAGCGUCGAGCCUUUCGAGCGUGCCGGGCGUGCCGGACGCGCAAGGUGCGGUGCGUCGUGGUCGACGCCUCGCAGAAAUGCGUCAACUGCAAGCUCGACAGGAAGGAGUGCGACUUGAUCCGAAUCUACCAGGGCCUAGACGAAACCGAGCAGGCGGAGAAACCGACAACGCCUUCAUUCGCGACGAAUGCCGGCCCCGCAAAUGGCCGCCAACCGCGCACGGAAUCGAGGCCUGCACCCUUACGAGACGGCCUCGAGACCCUCGCAUCACCAGGCGCACCUCGACCUUCAGUUUCAUCGAGGUUUGCACCUGUUUCCGAAUCCUUUCAUCCCUCUGUACCUGGCUAUACGGCCCACGGUACGGGAUAUGCAACGCACCCGACCAAUCUCUCUCUCCCUUCUAUCCUUUCUCUCGACAACUUACCCAACGAUCUCACAUCCCCAAACGAUACGACCGAACGUAUAACCAGUCUCUCUUACGCGAGCUAUUCGUUCCUCAAGGCGCCCGAAGUCCAGAACCUCCGACCUCAUGACCAAGAGUUCCUCAUUCGGGAGGGCUGCUUCGUCCUCCCGCAGCGAGAAUAUCUAGACGAGUUCGUACGCCACUACUUCUUGCAUGUUCAUCCCAUGCUGCCCAUACUAGACGAAGCCGAAUUCGUGGAAAUAUAUGAUGGAGAUACAUUGUCGGGAAGUUCCGUCCGGGAACUCCCAAUGAUUGUUAUGCAAGCUAUGCUCUUUGUCUCUGCAAGCAUUGUCUCGAGCCAAACCAUACAGGCUCUUGGGUUCAAAGACGCCCACGAUGCCCAAUCUGCCUUCUACAGAAGGGCCAAGCUCUUGUACGACUUCAACUGCGAGCGGUCUUCCGUUGCCAUCUCCCAGGCCGCACUCCUCCUCUCCCAUUCGCAUCUCACGCCCCUGGACCACACCGAAUCCGCCGGCCGCGGCGCCGUCUGGCUAAACGUCGCCAUAUUCCAGGCCAAGGAGGCGAGGGCGCAUCAAUAUCACCUCAUGCCGAUCGACGAUCCCGGCGGCGGGCCCUCCAUAAACUGCCUCAAACAUCUAUCCGAUGAGUUUUGGAAGUCCAAAGUCUAUAACGCCACAACCAAGUCGGCCCUAGCGGAGAUCCUGACGGAGUUGGUACAAUUAUGCGUGCUUCUGACAGACCUUAUUACCGUCACCUCAUCCUCGCAAUAUAAUACCAUGCCCUUUGUGUCACCCAACAGCAACCGGAUGGCCCAGGUUAAGAAAUGCAAAAGUGGGCUGAAGCGGUGGCGGGCGAAUGCAUUGCGCCUGGCCAAGCAACUUACGCAGGGAGGCAGCCUUGCCUCAUCCACAGACUCGAGACGCUCGCUCACUCUAUUUCUCAAAUUACUCGACAUUUACUACUACUCCGCCACAAUGGCCCUUUGCCAUCAUGAGAUGGCGCAACAGGACUUUCUAGCCGCUUCGCGCGGGCGCGACUAUGAAGAUGGCAGCCUUCAAGAAACAGGAAACCAAGUCGAAGACGCGGUAUACCAACUGUCAGAGUGCAUGGAUGAGCUGACACGCCUUCGCAUCGCGCAGUGGCUGCCCCUAAGCAUAAUUGGCUGCACCGCCUUUCCCCUGGCGUUACAAGCUUUUGACAGAAAAUUACGCCAGAAUACAGUCGACAGCGCGCCAAGCUCCCAAGGCAUUGCCCGCGCGCAUGAUAGCCACAGGCGCAUAGAUAAUCUAGUGGGUGUCGUGGAUAUGUACAGGCCGCGGUACGCCGCCAUCGAAUGGGUCCUCGAAGCCGUGAAGUAUAACGCCGCAAGCGCCUACUGUAGCUUGACGGUGCGGCCUGGUGGGCAAGGGAACCCCAAUUCCCGGAGUUGGGCCCAAAUCUUGCGCCUAAAUAUCAAGCAGUACCUGUAUCUGGUAACAGCCAUGGAUUUCAGCAUCAGCAAGGGAAAUUGCCAGCGAGGGCUGAUCUCCCCCGAGCCUACGGGGAUUCUUUCCGGAGGGCACAUUCGGAACGACUGUGCCGAGAGCCAUGGCUCCAUCUGA